AUGGACGUAACUUACGUUUAUAAGAUUUAUAAAAUAGUUGAAAAGGCAGUGAUUGCUUAUCCACAAUCUGAUAUUUUCUAUUAUUUUUAUUUGUUUUUGUUAAAGUAUAAAAAAUCAAAUGGAAAAAAUUUUGAGUUUCAUAAUAUUAAUUUGAAAGAUUUAGAAAGUUAUUAUAUAUUCUUGUAUAAGAUAUCUCAGGAUGCUAAAAAAUACUCGUUGUAUGAAGAAAGUCAGAAUAUUAGUUUUGAUCAAAUUAAUACCAGUAAAGAAAGUUUAAUAAGUGAUUCUAUUAUAACUAAUACAGUAAAAGAAAAUGAAUUUAAAACGAAAUUCUUUGAUAAUUUUGUUGAACAUAUUGGAGAGUUAAAUUUUUUAAAAAAAUUUACUGAGACAAAGUAUAAAAUAUUUAAAAAUAUUUAUAGAAUGUAUGAUUUAGACGAGAUGUUAGAACGUUUAUUUACAGAGUUAAAUCCAUCAUAUUUUAGAAAAAAUGUUGUUAAGAGACAGAACGCACUUAAGAAAAUACAGUUUUUUAUUCUAUCAUGUGAUCAUGGAACAUUUGAUGAUUUUAUUGAUCAGUUAUGUACUUAUAUUUAUGAAUUUUUAAAUGAUAAUGAUUUAGUGAUAGAAACUUAUAAUUUAAUUUCUGUUCUUAUUUAUAAAGUUAAUAAUGACAGUUUAAAAAUUCUUUAUCCAAUAAUAUUAGAACAUAUUUAUAAGCUUAAGAAUUUGUUUGAAUUAGAAACUAAUAAUAAUUUAAAUAAUAACAAGAUAAAAACUAUUUUUUCGUUAUUAAAGAUUAUUGAUGUAUCAGUAUUUACAAAUUCUAUUGAGUUUAAAUUUUAUGAUGUUAUGAAAUAUUUUAUACUCGAAAAUAACAUAAUUAAGAAUCAAAUGAAUUCUAAUAAUGUACCACUUUUAUGUUUGAUGCCUUACGUAAGUAUUUAUAAAUAUUUAAGUGUAUUUUCUGAUUAUUAUGAAAGAUUUUUUAUUGAUAAUGAUGAUGCGGAUUAUGAAACUUUAGAUUUAUUUAUACUUAAAAAUAUAACAGAAUAA